CAAUUUCAAUCAUCAAUUUCCCCUCAAAAUUAAACAAGACUUUAAAAAUGAAAAUUAUGGGGUUUUUUAGCAAUACUAUUCCCUUAACAUUGCUCCUAAUUUUCUCACUUUGCUCUUCUGUAGCAUACUCAAAUGAUUUACAAUCUAAUUUUCUUCAUUGUCUUUCAAAGAACAUUAGUCCACCAAAUCCAUUUCCAACAUCAUGUUACACUCCUAGCAAUAAUUCCUUCUCUGCUAUCCUGAAUUCGACCGCGAAUAACUUAAGGUUUUUGUUACCUUCAGUUGAAAAACCACAACUAAUCUACAUGCCCUUGGAUGAAUCCCAUGUACAAGCUGCUGUUGUUUGUGCUAGAAAGGUUGGGAUUCAGCUGAGGGUGCGUAGCGGAGGUCAUGAUUACGAGGGUGUCUCGUAUGCUUCUGAGAUGGGUGAUCCCUUCGUUGUGAUUGAUAUGUCGAAACUGCGGUCUGUUAUUGUUGAUAUCGACGAUAACAGCGCGUGGGCUGAGGCUGGGGCAACAACUGGGGAGCUCUAUUACAGGAUAUCUGAGCAGAGCAAGGUGCAUGGAUUUCCUGCAGGACUGUGCACCAGUUUGGGUAUAGGAGGCCAUAUUACUGGUGGUGCUUAUGGUUCUAUGAUGCGAAAGUAUGGUCUAGGAGUUGAUAAUGUGAUCGAUGUUCGGUUGGUGGACCCCAAUGGAAAGAUUCUCGACCGAGCAUCGAUGGGGGAGGAUCUGUUUUGGGCUGUCAGAGGUGGUGCUGGUGGUAGUUUUGGGGUAAUUCUUGCAUGGAAGGUUAAACUUGUUCCUGUUCCUGAAACUGUAACAACUUUUACAGUAAUCAAAACAUUAGACCAAGGGUUGACUAAGCUCUUGUAUAAAUGGCAGCAAGUAGCUGAUAAACUCGAUGAAAAUCUUUUCAUCAGAGUAGAAAUCAUGCCUAGUACAAUCCCAAACACCACUGAGAAAACUGUUCAAGCCUUGUUCAACGCGCUCUACUUAGGUAACGCGAAUCAAUUGCUUAGAACCAUGGCCCGAAGUCUCCCUGAAUUAGGGUUGACUAAUAAAGACUGCAACGAAAUGAGUUGGGUUGAGUCAGUUGUCUAUAUUGGAGGGUACCCUACUGGGACUAGCACUGAUGUUUUACUCCAAGGGAAGCCCUUGUUUAGGAACUACUUUAAGGCUAAGUCAGAUUUCGUUAGGGAACCAAUCUCUGAAGCCGGGCUUGAAGGACUAUGGAAGAAGUUGAUGGAGUCAGAAAGUUACAUCAUGAUAUGGAACCCGUAUGGUGGGAUGAUGAGUAGGGUAGCGGAGUCUGAAACCCCGUUCCCUCAUAGGAAGGGGACUAUCUACAUGAUCCAAUACGUGGCAACAUGGCAAGAUGGUCAAGCUGGUGAGAGUUCAAACAUGGCUUGGAUUAGGGACUUGUAUCAGUAUAUGGAGCCUUUUGUGUCUAAGAAUCCUAGGGAAGCUUAUAUUAAUUAUAGGGAUCUUGAUUUAGGGAUGAAUAAGGAUGGUAAUACUAAUGUCAAUGAGGCUCGUACAUGGGGUUUGAAGUAUUUCAAGAAUAACUUCGAUAGGUUGGUGGAAAUUAAGACCAAAUUCGACCCAGAGAACUUUUUCAGGCACGAGCAGAGUAUUCCUCCACUUUCGACACACAAUAGGAAGAUGAAGAAGGAACAAAGAUUUCACUAUCAUAAGCUUGGGAAGCACCACAAGAGAAACAAGUAUUAGUUAGCGUAAACUAAGUGGUACAACCAUGGCCUUGAACCAUUAUAGUAACUAAUUUAUCGUUUUUGAUAUAGGGAACAAGUUUAAAUACUUGUGUAUUUCUAAUAACAGAAAAGAAGUGGUAGUUGUUUGGGUUCGGGACUAGUCAUUAGUCAUGUGUGCAUAAGCCACGUGCUUUCGAGGGCUUCCGAUUUUUUGUGUUUUGUGUUAUGUUUGCUAAUGAAUACAAGUUUUUGUGUCGA